GAACAAAGCGCGGCCUGCGGGCGGCGGCUGGGCUCGGCCGGCGGGGCCGGGGGUGCUGGGCCUGAGCCGGGGGCCCGAGCUGAGCCUUGGAGGGAAGGAGUUAGCAUCGCCGUCCGCGCCGGGCCGGCCAUGAAUGGGCUGCCCUCGGCCGACGUGGCGGGUGGCGCGGGCUGCGCCCUGGCCGGGCUCCCUCCGCUGCCGCGCGGCCUCAGCGGUCUCCUCAACGCUAGCGGGGGCUCGUGGCGGGAGCUGGAGCGUGUCUACAGCCAGCGCAGCCGCAUCCACGAUGAGCUGAGCCGCGCCGCCCGCGUCCCGGACGGGCCCCGCUGCGCCUCCGGCGCCGCCAACGCGGGACCCACCGGCGGUACCCCCGGCGCGCGUCGCCCUGUCAACCUCGACUCGGCACUAGCAGCGCUGCGCAAGGAGAUGGUGGGCUUGCGACAGCUGGAUAUGUCCCUGCUCUGCCAGCUGUGGGGCCUGUAUGAGUCUAUCCAGGACUACAAGCACCUGUGCCAAGACUUGAGCCUGUGCCAGGACCUGUCAUCCUCCCUGCACUCAGACAGCUCCUACCCACCUGAUGCUGGCUUAUCUGAUGACGAAGAGCCUCCUGAUGCCAGCCUGCCCCCGGACCCACAGCCUCUCACUGUGCCCCAGACGCACAAUGCCCGUGACCAGUGGCUGCAGGAUGCCUUCCACAUCAGCCUCUGAAGAGCUGGCAGGAGGCAAGGGGCAUGCACCCAUGCAAAACACUUAGAAAACUCACCCCUCAGCAAAUACUCAGACUACAGUGCCUGCUUUUCCCCCUACCACCUCACCUCACAGGAGGGCAAAGCUUGGGCCCCUCAGAGGCAAAACUGCCAGUCUCCCUCCUCUCUGGGGUUAGCUGGCACUGGGGUGGGUUACCUGGGCUAUAGCCUCUGCCCAUGGAACUGGACCUCCACUUCUCCCACAUGUGUGCACCCCUGCUUUAGUGCCAGACCGAAGGCUGGCAGUGGGACCCAAAGCAUCUUGCAGUCCUUUUGGCAUCUCUGGGAUUGGGACGAGUAUCUGGCUCCCACCUCUUUUCAACCUUUUGCUGCUGUUGGCAGCUGCUCAGGAGCAUCCCAUCUCUGAUCCCUGGGUUCUACUGCCCUAGACGAGGACCCCAGGUGCCAUUUCUGCACCCACCCGUGGCCAGGAGGGCCAAGGCUCUUUGCUGGGUAUUUAAGUUUAGGGGCCAGCCCUCUGGGCACUUAGGUAAAUAAAUUCUUUCUCAGCGUU